AUAUAAAUAAAGUAUAUAUAUAUAUAAAUAUAUAUAGUAUUUAUGUUUUUUAUUCAUAUUUAUAAAAUGUUUCCAUUCGAAUCCAUCCUUGCACUUGUGACUAUUGCACUUUUUACAAUUGCAGUCAUUUUUGUCCUCUAUCUUUUGUGCAAUAAGAUUUUUAAAAGAAGAAGUCAAGAGACAAAUUCCAAAUUGAACAUAGCGAAGAAGACAAGUCCACAGAAACCACUGUCCAAACCAAGCACGAUCUCAUCUUCGCCAGUUAACAAGACAAAUGACAAAAAAAAUCAUAAAGCUCAAGAUAAAGCGACACCAAAUGGUCCUGUUGAGAAACUUCCUGAAGUCAAGAAAAAUGUAAACAGUACAAAAUUCCCAGAUGCAACAAGAAGAAAAGAAAUUCAAGAACAACCAUCUACAUCAUCCAAGUAUCUUGGAGUUCCAGAAAAAACAACACAAAAUGGCCCUGUUGAAAAACUUCCUGAUGUCAUGCAGAAAGUUAUUGCUACAAAAUCUCAGGAUGCAACAUGGAGAAAUGAAAUCCAAGGACAACCAUCUACAUCAUUCAAAUAUCUUGGAGGUUUGAAGUUAAACAAUAUUCUGUUCCCAUGUAAACGUCGCUCGUCAAAGACCAGCAGUGGGGGAGAGUUUGGUGACAUAUCGAGUAGUGCUGGAGAAGGAAAUCAUGUACCGGUGAAAGAAAAAAUAAAACAAAAACGGCAAAGCAAAACAAGAAUCAACCAACAAUUAUGCCGCAUUCCACAGUCUCCGAAGUUGCACAAAAUAGAUGUUGAAUACCUGAAACCUGGUCAUGUGUUUGGAACAGUUCUAAGGAGAGGAGGCAAAAUCAAUCUUCCUACAUGUCGCAUUAAUAUUCCAUCCAGUGACUCGAGAGAAGAGGAUAUGAAGUUGAAUAUUGCUAUUUGUAAUAGACAGAAACAACGCAGAGGUGAAAAUGAAUUGAUAUUUCUUACUGCUGCUCUUCAUAUAUGGAGCCUGGGCAGUCCUAUUCAUUUUGACCCGCCGUUACAUGUUAAGCUGGAUGCCAAACUCAUUAACACGGAUCGGCAUAAAAUUGUUGAUGUGACGGUUCAGAAGACAAAAAGUAUUUCUGUAAUCCAGUGGGAAUAUUAUGAAACCGUUCCAUUCUAUCCUGGCAAAUUUAUUGAAUUUUUGUGCUCGGAGCCUGGAGGGUAUCGUGUUGUUUCAACUCUAAACUAUGACUCGUUGCUUAUUCCUUUGAAUUACACCCUUUUCGUCAAGAGGCCAACGGAUAUCGAGGACCCAAAUCAACAAAAUUUCGAGCUUUGGGUUUACAGUGAUAACUUAGAAACUUCUCGCCAAAUACAAGAAGAAAUCAAAUCUCUGGUUGACACUCUUGAACCAGUUAUAAGUACUCAGAAUAUCUCAGUCAGGGAGAAAUCAAAAAUAAUUGUCAGCAUAGUUGGUGAUAAAGUAAAAAAGGCUGAGGAUGAAAUCAAAAUACCCAAUUUCAAGAGAAAAGUUCGACGAGUAUUCCCACUUUGUUUGGGAAAACAAACAGAGAAUGAACCAUUUCCUCUUGGUAUUACAAUCAAGUUGAAAUUAACUGUAGGUGAAGAACAUUGUGAACCUCAAAUCACACCGACUUCAUUUCGAUGGACAGCAAAAUGCACGAAACUCGAGAAACCGCCAACCCCUAACUUGAUUUUUAAUGUCGAAAAGGGUGCAGUCGGUAUGCAAACAAAUGAGGUAACAUUAAAUCAAAAUGAAAAUAUGGAGGCAAUAACUAACGUCAGCACUCAUAACCAUUUAACACUAGUAAAAAAUUGUAUUGCCCCCCCUCGUAUGGCACAAAUACAGGAAGCCAUUCCCUCAACAAGUCUUUUAAGAAGUAUCCAACACACAAAUGAGAACAAAUGCAUUGAAUUCACCAACUCUGAGAGCGAAAAGUCAUUUUGUUCGGAGUUGAUCAAACCUGCAACAGGUGUCAUACUAGAUAGUGAAUCUGACGACAGUGAAGAAGGAGGUACUGCAAAAUUGACAGAAAUUUCUGACAACAAAGAGGAAUGGUCUUUGGAUGAAAAAUUGCCAAAACCUGAAAUUAAUGAAGAUUUUCUUCAGGACGAUUUAACUGGUCGCAAAAUGUCUGAUGGUGCUCAUAUCAAUAACAUUGGACUUAAUGGAGCUGAUUGUCCCAAAGAGAGCAGUAAUAGGUCUGACAAUACAAUGCCUGCCGUUUUUGAUAUUAGUACAACUGGUGCUAAAAAAUUUACCAAUAUAAAAACCGCUAAUAUUGGAAGUAGCAAAAUAAACAAAAAUAUGGAUGGUGCAAAGUUGGAUUUGACCGCUUCUGGAUCACAUCUAUGGAGCGUAAAUGACUUCUCUAAAAGGUCAGAUAUAGAUAUGUUCAAUGCCAAAGGUAUUACUCCAAGAGGUGCUAUUGACAUUAUAACCACUGUGUCUUCUGAACAGUUGCUUAAGAGAAAUGAAGAUGCUGAGGUCAUCCUCACUGGGUCUGCUCAUCCAAAAUUGAAGGACUUGAACAUACCUCAGAGAGACGAUGUAUAUCCACUAGAUGUCACUAGUGAGCAAUCCAAAAUGACUUUGAUGAUGUCAAAUACUCUACCUGGCAAUAUGGAUUCUCAUAGUACAAAUGAUGAAUUAAAAUUUGGUGCCUGUGCUCCACUAGUGGAAUUUUCUAGUGCUAAUUUUCCAUCGUCCUUAUCGAACGACUGGGAGUCUGGCAGAAUGAGGAAAAUUUAUCAGUCAUCCUCAAGAAGAACUAGCUUUUCAGAUACCUCAACGACCGAGCAGACUACCGAGAAAGAACUAGGAAACACCACAAGCAACCAACACAAAUUUGGCGCACCAGUUCCAUAUCCUAGUGAUCUUCUUUGCUCCACUGUUGAUGUAGUAGAACUUGUUUCGAUUUCACGAACAGAGCUUGAUCAAAAUAACAACAAUUAUUUCAAAUCUCAUAGAACUGGCAAAGACUCGAAAUUCCAAGUUCAAGAUCUUGCAAAAAUCCAAAGCGAUAAGACAAUUCAAUCCAAACCAAAUAUGACAUCAACUCCAAACCGAUCAAAUUUGCCAAAAGUAGUGAUCAAUGAUGAUAGAUUACUUGACCUGACCUCUGAGCAGGAAUCGUUAAACUGCAAUAUCGAGAAAUCAGAUGAUGGCGAUAUUGAGACUAUCUCUUCUAUAUCUAUUGAUGUUAUAAAUUCUUUUCGCUCAAACUAUCUAAAAAAUGAAUCAAAACUAACUGAUUCUGGUUUCGAGCAAUCAUAUGAAAGUGAUGAAACAUCUUUCAACGUUCCAUUACUAGUCUUACCAACUACAAAAUAUUCUUAUACGCCAAAAGUGAAUACUACGCCCUCAACACAUAGCAGAAGAAGAAAUUCCAGUUUUCCAAGAUACCCUACGUUAAAAUAUGAUACUUUGACAUCAAUACAGACAAUGGAGAGAGAACUGGAAGUAAAGUCAGAUUUAGAAUUCAUAAAAGCAAACAUGAAAUGUAAAAAGAGGAUACGAAGACAUUCUUACAAUACAUCAGCAUUGAAUCAGAAUAAUUCAAACAUCUCAAUGAAAUCACAAAUUUUACCUGAUAGUUUUCGUCCGAGUGGUGAUGCUGUAAAACAUGAGCCCAUAAAAAGACGACGAUCAUGCAGUUUGAAUGACAAAGACAAAAUACCUAUUUCAACAUUUGUAAGUAGCGAUCUUCGCAAAAAUGUAAAUGUGCAAUUAUGACAGCUUGAGCUGUGUGUAACAAAAUCCAUGAUUGAGUUCCAAGGGAACCCGAAAUGGGUGAUUCUGGCAACAUCUUUCUUUCUUCUACUCACAUGCAGUAUCAGUAGAUCGGUCUAAUAUACAACAAUAUCAGACUUUUAUUUGGAAACGUUCAGUCUUCUAAAUUUGAAUAGAGAAAUGCAGUAUGCAAAAAUCACACGACCGCAUUAUGCGCUGGGUUUAUUGUAAUUAUUAUGGUUGUGCCGUAUUGGGUAUUUCAAAACCUAAAUUUGUGCUGACUGGCAAUAUUCCUAAAACGCAUGUAUAUUUCAAAAUGAAUUACGUAAUAUUUUAAUCUUGGAUAUUUGACUCUAUUAUCAUAUCUUGUUAUCUUUUGCUUCUCUCUCAUUUUCUAUCUAUCAAUAUUCUGAUACAUUGAAUACUUCGUUCCAAUGUUGAAAAAUUGACUGUGAAUCAAUUUUAUUUGAGAAGGCUUCUAGGUAUCGGAUGGAAGCAUAUAAGGUGUUACGUUGUAAACGAUCAAUCUAAUGCGAAUCUCGGUCUUUGGGAUUGGAUUUCAAACUUUAAAUGUUUACAUUUUCUUGCCCUAUAUUUUGGCGUCACGUGCAGUGCAUUUUUGUGCUCUGCAUGCGUCCAAUUACCUUGUUAUUUGUUCAAAAGGGUAAUAAAUUAGUAAUUUGCACCUGUUUUCUGGUGCUGUUUUAUAUUUGUUAUUGCCAUUCGCAUCACAUAUUCGGUGUGUAUGGGUGUCAAAAUUGUUCAUAUCGUGGACUGUUUAUAAGUAUCGUUGAACUGUUAUAUAUUUAAUUGCAGUUGCUUCACCUGGAUUGGCAAACGUUUAAUAAUCGUUUUGCUUUUGUUGGUUUUGUAGCAAUCGUUGAUCGAACUGUCCAUUUCAGCAACCUGGGUCAUCGAUAUUUUGGGCUUGUUAGAUUACCUAUGGCACUCGCAGCUCUUACGUUGGUCAUAUAUUCACCGAUCAGUGGUUUAAUCAAUCGUGUUUUCUUUGCUUAAGCCUUACGUUGGUCAUAUAUUCACCGAUCAGUGUUUUCUUUGCUUAAGCUAUCAAAUUGAUUAAAAUGUAAGGAUGGUGAGAGCUUGGUUGAUUUCAGUGAUGGUGCUUAAGGCUUGAAUGCUAUAAAAAAAUAUAUAUUAUUAUGCUAUUUGCUUCAAACAAGGCUUUGUACAGGCAUACGCUGAUAAACAGGGUGGCCCAAAAUAGGGUAUUCAGUUAUUUUAUUUAUUUUUCAUUACCUUCCAAGCAGCUAGAAAACUAAUGUAAAAUUCACACUAGAUUUAUUAUCUAAAAAAUAAGCGAUUUUUGUGGUAUAUAACAAGUAAUAUAAAGUGAACUGCAAGUAGCUUCAAAGCAUAUAAAAUAGUUUAAUAACUGUAUACCUACUUUUGGGCCACCCUGUAUAUAAGGAGCUUUUAUAUAUGAACGCCAACAUCGUUUCGGGGUUGCUAUGCCUACCCAAUUUAUAAUACACCCUUGGUGAGGUCCAACUUGGUCUUUAUCCAACUUGGCAAAUCUGAUUGGGCAAUUUGGCAUUAGGUGAC